GUGUCAUGAACGUUGCCCCGUUGUACCGCGAGGUGCUGAAAAGCCUCAGUCGUGCGUGCAAGACGCGUCCGCAUUUUGUGCAAGAUGCGCGGUUCCUCCUUUCCCUACCGCUACUCUCGCACAACAACAAAGACGGCGGUGGCGACACCGUUGGUACCACAGCAAGCUUGACAGCUGCAUCAUGCGCCUUAGCGAGUCAAGCACCCGUGAACCUGGCCGCACCUUCGGAGGAGCCGGAAGGCGCACUCACCUUCCACCACACAACCCUCGAAAACUACCUGCGGCGGCCAGCUUCCAUGUGCUACCCAAUAGACACUCAGACGCUGUUUGCGCUGUGCUACGCCGACCUGCACAGCGCCGUCUUCCAGCCCCCACAGGCCGACGGCAGCGUUAACCCGGUGGCACAGCAAAUUUUGCGCUACCGCAAUCUGCUGUGGUUGAGGGACCGCCUUGCGCGUGUGUUGAGUGACAAGACGACGACGCAGCUCGCCACCUCGCUGAGCAUCGCAGACGGGCCGGACACCGAUGAUUUUAUACCUGAUGAGGCCUUUGACGGACACAGCCGCGACCUCACCGGCAGUGCAUCCGUCACGACGGCUCCGCACGAUCGCCCUGUGGCGGUUGCAAGUGGCGCUGUAUCGGAUGAGGCACACACUGACGGACACGUUAAACCAGAGAAAGGGGCGUUCUCUGCCUCCCCACCUCCGUCCGCUUCAUCGCGAACUGGUGCUGCACAACCUGCUACCGUUGCCCCCGCCACCAUAACGGAAAACGACCCUGAUGUGGUCUACAGCGCUGGCUCCAUCGGACUACAAGGCGAGAUGUUUGUGCUGCGCCAUCGCGAAGCCUUCCCCAUGGCGGCGCACUUCCUCUCUGGCUUUCCUACUGUCCCGGCUGCCGAGCUCGCCGGCUGCGCGCACCAGCAGGCCGCCCUGGUGCGUCUCGUGCGGGACAAGUACCCCACAACGGUGACGUGCGAGGACGGGCAAGUGAGUCUCUCCGUUGCGGUCGAACCUUUUGACCCGCAGUACCGGACGCGGGAGCACGCCGGCAUGGGCUACUUCGCCACGGCACACCGUCAAUUCCGCGUUCGGUUUCAUUUGCAGCCGCUCGUGCGGGACAACGCGGGCGCGGCGGAGAAGACGGAGGUGCUGGUGGUGAACUCGUACUUUGUGCGGCUGGACAUGGAGGUGAUGCAGGUGGUGGAGGAGGUUGGGUACCUGCACAGCCGUGACGUCCUGCGUAUGCUGCGCGAGCGCGACUACGGCGACCACUUUAGCGACAACAUCGGCACCGCCGUGGCUGAUGCGUUAGGAGAGGGGGGAGAAAAGGACACGAGCAAGGGCAGCCGAGGCGCUGCUGGGAAAACGAAGCAUUCGAAAAGAAUUUCGGAAGACACGUCUGCGUCUACCGCCUCGUCGCCUGACAACGCGCGGGUGUUUUCGCUGUAUUUUGUCAACCGAACAGACGCGCCAAUGGUGCUGAAAGGUAUCUUGUACUACAAGAUUGGAAAACGCAAUAAACUCGCAACAGCUCCCAUUCGGUGCAUUCCUUUUGGCUUCGUAUUGCUGGAGGCGUAG